CGCGAUAACGCAAAAAGUACUGAAAAUAUUUUUAUGAAACUUGAUAUAUGGAUAGAUGGCAGUAUGGAGAUUAUGUACGUCUUUUUUUUUUCUUCCUAUGUUGAAAAUUCUGGUUGCUAUGGCAACAAAUAGUCUGAAAAUAUGGCAAAUUAAACACAUAAACUGGAUCCAGUGAUAACUCAAAAAGUACUGAAAGUAUUUUUAUGAAACUUGAAAUAUGUGUAGAUGGCAGUCUGGAGAUUAUGCACAUCUUUUUCUUUUCUUCCUAUGUUGAAAAUUCUGGUUGCUAUGGCAACAACCAGAAUUUUCAACAUAUGGAUCCAGUGAUAACUCAAAAAGUACUGAAAAUAUUUUUAUGAAACUUGAAAUAUGUGUAGAUGGCAGUCUGGAGAUUAUGCACACCUUUUUCUUUUCUUCCUAUGUUGAAAAUUCUGGUUGCUAUGGCAACAAAUAGCCUGAAUUUCAAGAUUUCUGAUUUAAAUUUUUCAGCUUUUUCACUAUAUGUUCUUUAUUUCUUAAGGUGUUUACUUCAAACUUUAAAUAUAAGUUUCUGGUCAUCAACCACAUCAUAUGUGACAAGGUUUAUAACUCUAGCACAAAAAAUAUCAGUAUUACCUCCCUUGAACUUAGAUUUUUUAGGGGAAAAAAUGUUGUCUUUUUUAAAUAACUUCUUUAUUUCCUAAUGUAUCUACUUCAAACUUCAUAUAUAUGUUUCUUAUUAUCACUCGACAUUUUUGAGAAGGUUAAAUACUCUAGCAAGACUUUUUCCAGAAUUAUGUCCCCCUUGAACUUAGAUUUUUUUCGAGAAACUGGUAUUUUCACUCCAACUUCUUCAUUCCUUAUAGGAUUUACUUUAAAAUCCCACAUCGUAAUAAUAUGACAAGGUUGUAUAAACAUAAUUUCCUUACUAAGCAUGGAAACUUAACACAUUACUGUGACAAACUUAUUUUAUUAUGUUUUGUGGUUGAUAUUUUCAAAUACAGACUUCAUCCUCAAAUUCAUUAUAAAUGGCAAUACACAGGAGUGUAUGACAAUUAAAGAACUUUUUGAGGGACCGGUAGGGGACUACUGUAUUGCCCGCAAUACUAUCAAAUGCUUGUUUUAAUUUGAUACUUCUUUUUCAGGAAUAUUUAUGUCUGUUGGGAAAUUACAGAAGUACAUCAAUAGGCCAUUUGAAUUUAAUGGAAAUAUAUAAAUUAAAAACUGAACACACUUGACCUAAAGAAUGGAUUCAAAAAACCUGCAGGAACUCUCCGAACAUUUCACAACAAAAUUAGAUGGAAUUGGAACAUUACUCAACCUUCGGGAUGCUUGCCAAGACCACACAUGCAUUGAACAGCUACAGGCUUUACAGACUGAGCUUAGAACACAAGAAAAAAAUGUAUCAUUGCUAAGGAACCAGCUUGCUGCCAAACAAGAAAGUCUUAAAAGAAUAAAGUGUUUAAAUAGCAUAAUGAUUGAAUGGAAGAAGAAACUUGAAUAUAUGGUUGAAAAUAUUCCGGAGAGAUUACCUACACGUAAAAAGAACAUUCCAUGUGAUGAGCUGGCAACCACAGCUAAAGGUCCGGUGAUGGUUGUGAAGGCAUUGACUCAUAGUGAAGCUGCUACAGAAACAAAAUGUGAACAGCAGGGAGCUUCUCAACAACAAGAAGCGAAUCAACAAACUGGGCGGCUAGAAAACACAUACUUUCCUGAGAUAGAAUUCUUAACAACAGAGGAAUUCGAACAGGUUCCAAAAUACAUAAAGGGUCGCAUAACAUACGACAGUGUGAACAAAUUCAUUGAAGGAAUGAAUAAAUCCUAUAGAGCCAAAUACAAACUUCUUAAACAGAAAAAGGCGACGUUAAAUUAUGCAAAUAGGAAGAGGUGUGAAGCUUACAAGGCCCAGGAAACAAUAGAAACUAAGGGAUGUUAUUUCAUUGUUGAUGAGGAUCUUAAAGACACAGGUGGUUUGAAGAUCGAUAAUGUGGCUCGUUCUACAUUGACGAUUAUACGGCAUUGUGGGAGAUGUAGAGAAGUACACGGGGGACGUAUCACAAGAUAUGUUUACGUAGACAACUAUUAGUUUGAGAGGGAGAGAAUGGUUCCAUUUCUAUCAAAGCAAAGAGAAAAAACUGUUGUUGUAUGGUACCUCAUAACAAGAUAAUUUUGUUCUAUACAGAGUCUUUGUAGAGAUAAAUUGUUUAUUAUAGUGACAUGUGUUAACAACAUACAAUAUGAACAUAUUUUUACAAAAUAGAAUAAAGCAACACUCGUCCACAUGGGCUUAUAAGUCACCUUAAAUAACAGACUAAAUUAAGCACAUGUGAUCAAAUGCUACGGUGUAUUGUCAGCUGAACAUGUUAAGCAUAUGAUGACAAAUAUAAAUGUAGAUAUAUAAUAUAUACAUGUAUGUUAAUAAUUAAAAAGAAUUUGUAUUUGAAUAAGAGAUAUGUAAACUUUGAAAGGGUAUCAUUCUACUAAGUCAUUCAAUUAUACUGUAUUAAUUUUCUAUAUAAGAACAUGCAGUUAUAUUAAAUGUACAGAGAAAGGAUUUGACCAGAAUUAUUAAUGAUAUUGGAUACAAAAAAAAGUUUAAGGAUGAUGUUUAAACUUAUGCUUUUUAAUGAGAUACUAAAAUACAUCUAUGAGAUAUUAUGUCAUACCCCACUGUUUGAAGCUGAAAGAAAUAUAGAAUUUAGGGUCUCAUUCUGUUCAUUGUAAAACAUAAGAAAAGAUCGCGCAAAAUGUAUAAUGAUAUAAUUUUGUUAUUUGGCAUCAUUUUGGGUAAUGUCUGGCAUUUUUUUUUAAUGAAAAAAGUAUAGAUGUUUUACUUGUGUAUAGUAGUUUAGAAAAUAUUAAGAAUUUCUCAAUGAGAUAUUGUCAAGAAUUGCAUGGGGUUGCUUGUUUUCAAUGUAUUACUAAUACUGGUAUAUCCAUAUCAUAUUUCUUAAUAUUUUACAUGAUUAAUAUAAAACCUUAUGAUGUUAGCAGCUCUAUGUGAUGAAAUAUGUUACAUCAGUUGAAAAAUGAGCCGCCUCACGACAAAACAAACAUAGUGCAUUUGCGACCAGUCUGAUCAGGAUCCAUGCUGUUCGCUAUCAGUUUCUAUAUUUGUUAAAAGGUUUAAAAGCGAACAGCAUGGAUCCUGAUCAGACUGUGCAGAUGCGCAGGCUGGUCUGGAUCCAUGCUGGUCGCAAACACAUUAUGUGGUUUUGUCGUGACGCGGCUCAUUAAUCUCAGACUGCUUGAGAUGGUUGUUUAUCUUGAUACCAUGUUUUGUUUAUACAGCAAUUAUUUUAGAUUAUAUGAAGCUAUAAAAUUAUAGAUACUCUCUCAGAUCUGCUCCUGGAACCAACCAGUACUGAGCAUUGGGUGUAAAGUUUCUUGCUAAAUGUAACAAGGGCUUGUCUCUGAUUGGGUUUGAACCCUUGCGGAUAGUGAUCCUUGGUUUACUAGUCCAACAUGUUAACCACUUGGUCAUGUCGACACUGUUCUAAAUAGUUUUUAUGUACCUAUGACACUAGUUUGUUUUUACUUGGAUUCUGAUGAAUAUUACUUUAUUUUAUGUAAGCACUUAAUCCUAAAUAUCAUUUGUCUCCCAUGGCUAUUUCAUAAGUAGUUGGUCCUUUGAAGAGAAGUUGGUGAUGACCUUGUAUCAAGGCGAGAUGACCAAAACGUGUUAAACAUAAAAAAUAUGUGACUACAGGGUCUUUCAAAUAUUUAUAUAUAUAUGAUUAUUUAAUAAAUGCAUUUAUACUUUCAUCUGGUGUUUGUUACACGAUCUCGAUGUAUAUUUAAUUAUUUAUAAGGAUAAAUGAGCAUGCAGUGCUCAUGUGAGCUUUUAAAGAUCGAUGCGUAUCUGUUGUCAAGUCUAUCUGGGACCCAAAAUUUUGAUUGAUUGUACAAAAGAAGCUACAAAGUUUUUAUUUGAACCAAAAUGCGCUGAAGUUUAUUCAGUUGAACUUAGUUCAUUUCAUAAAGCACCCUGAUACCAUCAUGUCUGACUCCAGAGUUGUCGCCCCUUACAGACCCUAAACAAAAAAUUGUCUAAGUGUAACAGAAGAUCUACGAUGUAAUUUGAAGAUCUCGUGCAUUCCCGAGUUGUGGCCCCUUAAAGAGUGGAAUAGGUAUAGUAAUUCAAAUUUUAGUUUUUAUUUAGACUAUUCAGAGAAUAAGGAGAUCUCUAGUGAUCAUGCACCCAGGCGUCGGCUUUCACACCGGUUAAGUUUCUGCAUUCAGAUAUUGUCCAGCAUUAUAUUUCUUAUAAUGGGCAUUCAUCAAGGUGCAGCAUGCAUAAGCACCUGUCUUUUUUCAGAUGAAGUCAGUAGAUGAGUUUACUACCAAAGAAGAUAGCAAAUACUUUGAAUAAUGCACUAGACGAUUGUAAACCCGCUGUCGCCUUUUUAUCACACGCGUGGUAGUAAAACGCGACCCCGGCCCCAUCGUUUAAGGGAUAUUUAGGGCACCAGGCCUUGCAUAGCUGAGAAGCUCUCAUGAUAAAAGUCCCCGUUUGUUGUCCUCAUAUUGUAAGUGGGACAUAUAAAACUAAAAAAAAAAAGAAAAAAAACAAAACAAAACAAACAAAAAAACAUCGACUUGAUCAUGCAGUACGGGGAUAAACUUGAGGCAAAAGUGUUAAUUUCUCAGCUAUCUUUGCUUUUCAUUUGGGAUUUGGGACAAGGGUUACAUUUGGGAUCAGGGUUACAUUGGGAUUUUGUGACCAGGGUUACAUUUGUCCUGGUGCACGGAUAGUUAAUUAUCAUAGACUUUGCUUUCAUAUAAUAUACAUACUCAGCUUGCAUAAAUUACUAACACUUUGUACAAUAGUUAAAAUUUUUAAUUUCAUUUAUUAUAAAUUUUUUUACAUAUAAAAAUUGCAAAACAGUUGAGAGAAUAAAUGUCACGCACUUGUUGGUACUUAAAUUUGAUUGAAAUAGUAGUUAAAACACAUCGGGUAUAUUAAUACAUCGUAUAGUAUAAAAAUGCUUUAACUAUAUGAAAGAUACAUUGUACAAGUAAUUCGAUUGGUUAAUAAUUCCAUAUUUUAUUGAUCUUAACAUUUUUAAUGACAUUAACCAACUUUGUUUUACUUUUAAGCCUUUACAUUUAUACUAUAACAGUUUUCACUUUUUGCACGUGAUACACUAUAUCAUAAGGACGAC